CGCUUCCCCUGCUUUAUCAAAUGGAAUCAAAGAACUCUUCAAAUUCUGUCCACCCAUAAAAUCCAAACAUUUCAAAAAUGCAAAAGCAAAAAUGGGGUUAUCAGUCCAAACAGUGGCACCAUCUUUAGCCUUAAUCAGUCAUCAAACAAGCAUCAAAUUCCUCAUAUCUCGGGAAUCCAACAAUCUUCAUUUUCUUAUUCCAAAAAGAUGGACCCAAUAUACAAGUAGUUGUUUUGUUCUCAGAUUCCCCUUUCGCUCUUAGAAUUUCUCCCCAGACUUCUUUUCCGCUUUGCCCUCGUUUUUCUCGGUCUCACCCUCCUCUUCCUUCUUUGUUCCCAUUUAGUUUUCAUUCUCUUCCAUCUCUUUUAACUUCAAUGGCCACUUCUCAAGCUGACAAUUACUUCUCUCAGCCUUCCCAAACCCAAACGGUACGGGCUGUGAUAAAGGGUAGGGUUCAGGGUGUGUUCUAUAGGAACUGGACAAUAGAGAAUGCUACUCAAUUAGGCUUGAAAGGUUGGGUUAGGAACAGGAAGGAUGGUUCAGUGGAAGCUCUUUUCUCUGGUAGCCCGGACUCUGUUCAGGAGAUGGAGCAGAGGUGCCGUCGUGGUCCACCGGCUGCCAUGGUUACUGGGCUUGAAGUUUUCCCUUCCAAUGACGAUCCCGGCACUGGAUUUGAGAAGAAGCCUACAAUUUGAUGAUGCUAUAUAUAAAGAGGUUAGCCCAUUCUAUAUAAUAUAUAUGUUAUGUAUAAUCAAGUUCUCUGAGGAAUAAAAUAGCCAAGUGGUUGUGAAAUACUGAUGGUUAAUAAGUAGUAUCGAUGUUAACGAGUUUCGAAGUAUGAUAUAUAAUGGUCCUUUUCCAGUUAACCGAAGUUUGUUUGAUGAGCCUUCUGUCUAAUAAUUCUUAGAACAACAAUGUGAGACUGUGAAUAGAGAAACUAGUUAUGAAUA